AUGAAUCUCCAACGGGUAAAGAAAACUGUCGUUGCGGGUAGCAGCAGCCUUGUCGACCUUCCCGAAUACAUCAUCACUUCGUUCGUCCCUGGAGCACGACCAUUGUUAGACAAACACCCAACCUUCUUCCGCUUCUUUGGACUUCUCCUGGCCCUCUACUACUUUGGCCCCAUCGCUCGGUUCAAAUCACUAUGGUCUCAGUUCUCCUCUGUCAUCGUUGCCACCAUCAACAUUUCGUCCGACGAGGACCUCUUCAGCUACCUAACCACCUACCUGUCAGAGCGGAAAACCCUCCGUGCGGAUCAAGUCUUGACCGCCGUGUCCGGCAACUCCCAGGAGGCAGGUCGACGGAGAAACCGGCGGCUCGACCCAGAUGUCGAAGAGACGAGGCGGGCUAAUGAAACUCCCAAGAUAAAGUACGAGCAAGGCCAGGGUUUGCAAUUAUUCGUUCACAAGGGCAAGCUCUUCUUUUGUAGUCGCAAGUACGGUGACGGCCACACCUACUACGGCAAUCGGUACAAGAGGAUGGAAAUCAUCUCCAUAUCCUGCCUGGGUCGCUCGACACAACCCAUCAAGGACCUUAUCGAGCAUGUCUACUACCUCAACAAAGCCAAAGAGCGCGCAUUGACCAUUAUUCGAAGACCGUAUAGAGGAGGCCAGACAUGGAGUCGUGUCACUUCGAAACCCCGGAGAGCACUCGACACCGUAAUAUUGGAUGCGGAGCAAAAAGUCCAGAUCAUCGCAGACAUGGCCGAGUACAUGGACGAAGCAACCAUGAAUUUCUACGCCAACCACGGUAUCCCUUACCGACGAGGAUAUCUUUUCCAUGGUCCACCCGGAGUCGGCAAGACUUCAUUCGCACUUGCGCUCGCUUCGAAUUUCAACCUCGACGUGUAUAAUCUUUCGCUACUGGACAACGACUUGACAGACUCGGAUUUGAUUUCACUCCUCAAUCAGCUCCCUGGUCGGUCUCUCUUGCUGUUAGAAGAUAUCGAUACCGCAGGUCUGAAUAGAAAAGGAGGGAAGUCCACUGUAUCAUCUCGAAGUUGGAAUAGUCGACGUGGGAGAAUGCCUCCUCGUGACCCUGAGGAUUACGAUGUCGACAAUGACGAAGACAGUGGUUCUGCCUCACGCGUCACGCUGAGUGGGCUGCUGAAUGCGAUCGACGGUGUUGCCGCACCUGAGGGCCAUGUUUUGAUCAUGACGACCAACAAACCGAACGAACUUGACGACGCCCUCGUGCGAGCCGGCCGAAUCAGCGUGAGGGUGGGCUUUAGCAAUGCAAGUAAAAAGCAAGCAGAGGAGAUAUUUUUGAGAAUGUAUCUGGAUUUACCGAACGGCGCAAGUCUGAGGGAAACCGAGGAGGGAGCUGGAGCAUUCACGGACUCGAUGACUGCUCCAGCGCCUUCAUCUGACAGUGAGGCCGAAAAGAGUGGGUUUGAACUGCCAGACGACAUGGAAACCACCCGCCUGCGUGGUCUCGCGCAGAAAUUCGCCUCGCUGAUCCCCGAGGGCGAUUUUUCGCCUGCCGAUCUUCAAGACUACCUUCUCAUCAACAAAAAGGACCCAGAGAAAGCGUUGGACGAGCUACCCAAGUGGAUCGAAGAUAUCUACGAAGAGCGGAAGAAGAGGGAAGAGGAGCGGGAGGAGGAACGAGAGGAGAAGAGGGAGAAGAACAAAGAGGAAAGGCGGAGGUUUAGGGAGGAGGUGAAGAGAGCCGUGAAAGGCGUAGAGGAAGACGAGGACGAGGACGAGGAUGAUGCGGACGACAAGAGUAAAAGCAAGGAUGGGGUUAAAGAUGCGGGAGCGGAAAAGGGCGGCAAUGGCAACAACAACAACAAGGCUGAAAAGAAGGACACUGAUACCGCUGGUGGCGGUGACAAAUCUGGCCAGAAGAGUGAUGCUUCCAGCAAUGCCUAG